ACGGAAACUUGCCGUUGCCUGGUUACGCUUGCAGUCACAAUAUCCCACUCGGCGGGUUUGUUAGCUGCAGGAAGGCGGUGGCUACAGGUAAAAUGCAGAACGCAAGCGAUGAAGACCAACGUGACGAAGACCAGCCGAAUCCACAAGAUGGCGCUAGUGCGAAUCCACCAGCGCAGCAGACAGAUGAUGUCACUCAUGAUUCCGAUCUUGAUCCAAAUAUGGCAGCUCUCGUAGCUGAUCAGUUGAGGAUUGGCACUUCAGAAGAAGACAGGGAACCAGAAUAUGACGAGGACUCACCACAAGAAGAAGAAAAUGAAGAACUCUUCAUCCUAAACCCUGAUCAUCCACUGAUCAAAAGAUUUCAAGAAGCUAUCAACAGUUACUUCAAAAGACGUCUCGGAGAAUUCCAGCAGGAACUGAAGGCAAAGCGGCCAAUCAAAAAGAUGGAAAAAAAAAGGGUAGCUGACAAAGGUAUAGAAUUGUGUAAAAUAAGAGAAAAGCUGAAAGCAGCUGAAAGUCAGCUGUCCAACAUGCAAGACUCCAAGGCAAAGACUGAAGCUGAACUGAAGAGUGAUCAAGAUAAUCUGCAAAAGGCAAAGAGCAAUUAUUCUAACGUGAAAAAUCUGAGCCGUCAAGCCAGUGCUCUGGCAUCUCAAAGGCAGGCGGACUUAGACAAAAAGCAACAGCGGGUACUUUUCGCUCAAGCAGUAGGUGAGGAUCUACAAUCCCAAGUCAAAGUCAUGGAUUCUACCAGAUACAAAGUGGUCGCACAGAAGACAAAGGCAGAAGAAGAUAAAAUAAAGCAGGACUUGUAUGUAGAUCAUCUGACAAAGGACUUGGAGAGCAAGACACAGCAGUUGGCGGAGUAUGAGGUCCAGAGAAGUGCUCAAGCCCUAGAGACAGGGGAUGUCACCAAAGCACUCUCUGAGGCUGAGAUGGAGCUGGAAUCGCUGCUACUGAUGCAUAAGAAGUUGUUACAGCAGUGGAACAGCAACAUAACAGACAUAAAGAGACAUGAUGAGACUGUUAAUGCGAUGCAGGAAGCUUUACGUGCGGUUGAGGAUGAUCUGGUCUUGCUGGAACGAGAGAUUGAAGGUUAUAAGAAAUCCAUCAAUGGAGAGCUGGAGAACAAUGAGUCACUGACUGUUGAGCUGAACCGGAGUUCAAUGGAUUGUGUGACUGUGGAAAAACUGAUCAACAAGAAAAAGUUGGAACGAGAGGCGCUGCAGGCUCAGUACACCGCCUGUCUGAAAUCCCUGUCUGAAACAAAGCAAAUCUUUGCUACACUCACAAAAGAUAUGAUGACACAUCAAAAUGAACUGAACAGUCAGAAGAACCAGCUCGAGAAACUGAGUGCUGCACGUGUGGACCUGGAAGAGAAAAUUAUGGCCUCCAUUCAGCAGCAGUUCACACACAGCAAGGCGGCUUCACAUUCACAAAAUCUCACAAGCAAGUUGCUCACUCGAAAGAAGGCGAAGCUGAAUCAGCUGCAGCGGCAGGAAAAAGACACCUUGACAGUGAAGCUGGAGUGCCAGAAGGUGGAGCAGAAUGUCAACAGCCUGACCCUUUCCGUGGAGAGCCUUGAUGAGGAGAUUAAUAAGUACAACAAGUUACUGACCUCACAUGAGAAUACAUAUGCUUCACUUCUUCGACAAAUCAGGCAGAAAGAAACGACGAUCAACACCCUAAAAAUCAGGAUUGCUAAAAUUGUGGAGAUCACUGGGCAAGAAGAUAUGCAUCCUCUGCAAAUCAAGAUCCAUAAUAUACAGGGUGAGAUUGAGGAGCUUGAUGCUCACAUCAAGAAUGAGCAGCGCCUCUGGUUGCUGCACCAGGGAACCCUGGUGGGACUGACCAGAGAGUUGGAUGCCAACAACAAGAAGAUGCGCAAACUGCAGAAAGACUGGACUGGACUACAAAUGAAGGAUAUCCGACUAGAUAGUCAGACUAAAGAAGAGGAACGAGAACUGACAGAGCUGGACAAGAGCUCAACGCUUCUGAGGAAAGACCUUGAGAAGCUCUGCAAGCUGAAGUCGAAGAACAAAGAGCGAAAUGAGACUCUGGAGUUGGAAAACCUGCAGAUGGAGAUAGACUUUAGACACAAACUCCAGGAUGCUGAAGAGCGAUCAGCCAGUCUUUACAUGAAACUUGAGAACACUCAGGAGGAAAAAGAGAACCUUCUCAAGUGUCUGGUGGAAGCUAAGCAGCAGAUCAUGCUCUGGGAGAGGAAGACCCAUAUUCUGAAGGAGACUCGGUCAGUGGUGGAGUUCGACAUUAGCCAGGGAGACAUCCAGAAAAUGAAUGCUGAAAUGCAUCGAAUGGAGUCACAUAUUGACAAGCUGACGAAACGACAACAGUAUUUGAUGAGGGAAAGCGAGAAAGCUGUGGAGAGAAGAGAAAACCUCGAUAUACGCAAGGAUGCCAUGAUCCGAGAUCGCCGCAGACACCUUGCAAAGGGGGAGCUGAAACGCUCCAGCGCUGCGCUGGAGAAGAAAAUCCAAAAACAAUUGAUUGUUUUUAAAAAUUAUGAAGAAGAGGUGAAGGAGCUUGGGGACAAGAAAACUGUCCUGGUUGAGAAUGUUCAGCUGCAAAUGCAACGCGUUACUGAACUGUCAAGCACCAGCACAGAGAUGGGCCAAAACUUUCAAAACCUCCAGGAUAACAAAGACAUGGACCAGACUUUGUUAAUUGCUAUGCAGGAGCGAAACAAGAAGCUGCAGGCCGUUUGCAAGGGGAGCUACAAACUGUCAUCCAGCAGCGACACAAUAAGAGCCACUCAGCAGAGCCAAAUGGAGGACUUGGAGAAUAUCAGCAAGGUCCUGAAGCAAAGCUAUGAGGAUUUCCCUCAGCACCAGGGGGCGUUGCACCCUGUGAUACAAGCAGCAAAAGUUUACAUAAAAAUCGCCAACCAGUAAUGUUCUUAGAGUGAGGCGGUGAUUGACACAUAACAGUGAGUACAACAAAGGCAUAUGAAUGAGAUACAAGAGCAAAUAUCUAAUUUAAUGGUUUAUUUGAAUAAUUUUUUCUUCCCUGUAAUGUUUGGAUU